CACUUCACAGGUCAGAUAGAUGGUUAGAAAGACACUAGCACGUUACUAGUGUCAUUAAGGCAGCGUCCCGUGGCCAUCCCCCUGGCCUUUGGGUGCUGAACUAGAGAGAUUGUUCUGGACAUUUUUCUUGGAUAGUAGCAGACGUGCCUUAGUGGUAUUGUAAAUGAAACAUGCUGUUAGGUUGGAUUUGCCAAACCAUUUACAGAGCAGCAAGUAGUAUCUAGUAACCAUGAAGGUUGACAGAAGCAAACUAAAGAAGACUCCCACAGAGGCGCCUGCCGAUUGCAGGACGCUGAUUGAGAGGCUGAAAGGAUGCAGCGACGAACAGCUGCUGCUGGAGCUGCAGCAGAUCAAGACCUGGAACAUCGGCAAGUGCGAAUUGUACCAUUGGGUGGAUCUGCUUGAUCGGUUCGAUGGCAUCCUGUGCGAUGCCGGACAGACGGUGGAGAACAUGUCCUGGAUGCUGGUGUGCGAUCGGCCGGACAACAGCCAGCUCAAAGCCUUGCUGCUGGCCGUGCUCAAUUUCACAGCCCUGCUGAUUGAGUACAGCUUCUCAAGGCACCUGUACAGUUCAAUAGAGCACUUGACCACGCUGCUAGCGUCCUGUGACAUGCAGGUGGUGCUGUCAGUGUUGAACCUGCUGUACGUGUUCAGCAAGCGCUCAAACUACAUCACCAGACUGGGCUCCGACAAGAGGACUCCUCUGCUGGCUCGCCUGCAACACCUGGCCGAGAGCUGGGGAGGCAAGGAGAACGGCUUUGGACUGGCGGAGUGCUGCAGGGAUCUGCCCAUGUCGAAGUACCCCCCCAGUGCCACCACUCUGCACUUUGAGUUCUACGCUGAGCCCGGCACAGAGGUCAAAGUGGAGCGGAAGUCGAGCAGCAACACGUUACACUACAUUCACAUCGAACAACUGGACAAGAUCUCGGAGAGCCCGUCUGAGAUUAUGGAGUCGCUGACGGUCAUGUACAACAUCCCGAAGGACAAGCAGACGCUGUUGUUCACUCACAUCCGCCUGGCACACGGCUUCUCCAACCACAAGAAGAGGCUACAGGCCGUGCAGGCCAGACUGCACGCCAUCUCCAUCCUCGUGUACUCCAAUGCCCUCCAAGAGUCAGCCAACAGCAUCCUCUAUAAUGGAUUAAUAGAGGAACUGGUGGAUGUGCUACAAAUCACAGACAAGCAGCUUGUGGACAUCAAGGCUGCAUCUCUGCGCACGUUGACGUCAAUAGUGCAUCUAGAGCGGACGCCGAAGCUCUCUAACAUCAUCGACUGCACCGGCACCGCCUCCUACCACGGCUUUCUGCCCGUGCUCGUGCGCAACUGCAUACAGGCUAUGAUUGACUGGAUUUCUGAACACUCUCUUCCAGACCCUCUGAUGGAGCCGUACCCGCACCAGUUUGCCACGGCACUUUUCUCAUUCCUCUACCACCUGGCCAGCUACGACGCCGGGGGAGAAGCACUGGUCUCCUGUGGCAUGAUGGAGGCCCUCCUCAAGGUGAUCAAGUUCCUGGGUGACGAACAAGACCAAAUAACAUUUGUGACGCGAGCCGUGCGCGUGGUGGACCUCAUCACCAACCUGGACAUGGCUGCCUUUCAGUCCCACAGCGGCCUUUCCAUAUUCAUCUGCAGACUGGAGCAUGAGGUGGACUUGUCUAGGAAGGAGUGUCCAUUCGUCAUCAAGCCAAAGAUCCAGAGGCCCAGCACGGCAGCGGACACGGAGGACAUGGACACUGACAUGGACAUGUCUGAGGUGUUUAUGGAGAGCAGCCCUGGACCUUCCACCUCCAGCGGCGCCAGAGCCGACACAGACACCCGAGCACAGAGCAGCACAGCCUCCACACCUCGAGCAGGCGUGCAGUGUAUCCCACAGAGGGCUGCUCUGUUGAAGUCAAUGUUGAAUUUCCUAAAGAAAGCCAUUCAGGACCCCGCCUUCUCAGAUGGAAUCCGUCACGUAAUGGAUGGGUCCUUGCCUACCUCACUCAAGCACAUCAUCAGUAACGCCGAGUAUUACGGGCCCUCCCUUUUCCUCCUCGCUACGGAGGUGGUGACAGUGUUCGUGUUCCAGGAGCCCUCUCUGCUCUCCUCUCUGCAGGACAAUGGCCUAACUGAUGUCAUGCUGCAUGCGCUGCUCAUCAAAGACAUUGGCUCGCUCUCUCUGCAGGUGCCGGCCACGCGAGAGGUGUUGGGUUCGCUGCCCAACGUGUUCAGCGCGCUGUGCCUCAACGCCCGCGGACUGCACUCCUUCGUCCAGUGCCAGCCCUUCGAGCGCCUCUUCAAGGUGCUGCUGUCGCCGGACUACCUGCCCGCCAUGCGCCGCCGACGCAGCUCCGACCCGCUGGGAGACACAGCCUCCAACCUCGGCAGUGCGGUAGACGAAUUGAUGAGACACCAGCCCACUCUCAAAACCGAUGCCACCACGGCUAUCAUAAAGCUGCUGGAGGAGAUCUGCAACUUGGGGCGCGCCCCCGAGUACAUCUGCCAGAAGCCCUCCAUCCAGAAGGCAGACGGCACGGUGGUGGUGGCGUCGGCGCGCUCCAACCACGCGGCCGAGGAGGCGUCCAGCGAGGACGAGGAGGAGGAGGAGGCGCUGCACACCUUCAGCCAGCCGCCACAGGGGGAGCCGGAGAGCAACAGACAGUUAGUUCACAUUCCGUCGUCUCGUGGUGGCGUUUGUGUGAACAGGAGCCCUUUAGUGGUUGGUACUGAGGAGAGGAUCCCCAUUCCCCUCAUGGACUAUAUUUUGAAUGUGAUGAAGUUUGUGGAGUCUAUCCUCAGCAACAACACGACGGACGACCACUGCCAGGAGUUUGUGACUCAGAAGGGCCUGCUGCCCCUGGUGUCCAUCCUCGGCCUCCCCAACCUACCCAUCGACUUCCCCACCUCGCCUGCGUGCCAGGCCGUGGCCGGAGUCUGCAAGUCAAUACUGACCCUGUCCCAUGAGCCCAAGGUGCUGCAGGAGGGUCUGUGCCAGCUGGACAGCAUCCUGACGGCCCUGGAGCCGCUGCACCGGCCCAUCGAGGUGCCCGGGGGCUCCGUGCUGCUGCGGGAGCUGGCCAACGCCGGACACGUCGCCGACGCCACGCUAUCUGCACGCGCCACGCCUCUGCUGCACGCGCUCACCGCCGCGCACGCCUACAUACUCAUGUUCGUCCACACCUGCCGUGUCGGACAGAGUGAGAUCAGGGCCAUCUCUGUGAACCAGUGGGGCUCUCAGCUGGGCCUCAACGUGCUGAACAAACUGAGUCAGCUGUACUGCUCGCUGGUGUGGGAGAGCACCGUACUGCUGUCCCUCUGCACGCCCAACAGCCUGCCGCCUGGUUGUGAGUUUGGCCAGGCCGACAUGCAGAAGUUGGUGCCUAAAGACGACAAGCCAUCAGCCAGCAGCAGCAGCAGCGCUGCAUCCACCAGCCGCAGAACUGCGGAGGCCGAUGCCCUAGCAGUGGACCCCUCAGCACAGGGCCUGCUGGAAGGUAUGGGUCUGGACGGAGACGCCCUGGCGCCCAUGGAGACGGACGAGCCCACCGCAGCCGACCCCAAGGCCAAGUCCAAACUGACGCCCGCCAUGGCCACCCGCAUCAAGCAGAUCAAACCUCUACUCUCAGCCUCGUCUCGUCUGGGUCGUGCCCUGGCCGAGCUGUUUGGCCUGUUGGUGAAGCUCUGCGUGGGCUCUCCCGUGCGGCAGCGUCGCUCGCACCACACCACCAGCACGGGCACCGCCCCCACGCCCGCGGCACGCGCCACCGCCUCCUCCCUCACCAAGCUGCUCACCAAGGGCCUGAGCUGGCAGCCGCCGCCCUACACGCCCACACCACGCUUCAGGCUGACGUUCUUCAUCUGUUCGGUGGGCUUCACCUCGCCCAUGCUGUUUGACGAGAGGAAGUAUCCCUACCACCUCAUGCUGCAGAAGUUCUUCUGCUCCGGAGGACAUGAUGCUCUAUUUGAGACGUUUAACUGGGCCCUGUCCAUGGGUGGCAAGGUGCCCGUGUCAGAGGGCCUGGAGCACAUGGACCUGCCCGACGGCACGGGCGAGUUCCUGGACGCCUGGUUGAUGCUUGUGGAGAAGAUGGUGAACCCCAGCACCGUACUGGACUCGCCACACUCGCUGCCCGCCAAGGUGCCCGGCGCCACCACCACCGCGCCCCAGUUCAGCGCCCUGCGCUUCCUCAUCGUCACCCAGAAGGCGGCCUUCAACUGCAUCCGCAGCCUGUGGAACCGCAAGCCCCUGAAGGUAUACGGCGGGCGCAUGGCCGAGUCCAUGCUGGCCAUCCUGUGCCACAUCCUGCGGGGCGAGCCCGUCAUCCAGGAGCGCCUGGCCAAGGAGCGCGAGGGCACCGUGCGGCCCGGAGGAGACGAGGAGAGCACCACCACCACCACCACCUCCGCUGGAACUGCAGCUGCAGCAGCAGCAGCAGCAGCAGCAGGAGGAGUAGGAGGAGGAAGCAGCGGUGGUAGCGGCAGCAGUGGUGGGACUAGUAGCUCCACCACGGCAGCCGCCCCGCUCCCCACCUUACCCAGCAGCACCGGGGAGGUGGGAGGCCCCCCCACAGGCACCGCCUCCACUGCCACGGGGGCGGACGAGGGGAGCAGCUCCACGCCCAGGAGAGAGCCGCAGGUCAACCAGGCUCAGCUCACACAGCUGAUGGACAUGGGCUUCUCCAGGGAGCAUGCCAUGGAGGCUCUGCUGAACACCAGCACUAUGGAGCAGGCCACCGAGUACCUACUAACACACCCCCCGCCACUACUCAGCGCCGCAGUCAGGGAGUUUGCCAUGUCUGAAGAGGAUCAGAUGAUGAGGGCCAUAGCCAUGUCUCUGGGACAGGAGGUCAGCAUGGAUCAGCGCUCUGACUCCCCCGAGGAGGCGGCUCGUCGUCGUGAGGAGGACGAGCGUCGAGCGCGGGAGCGUGCGGAGGAGGAGGAGGCGCGGUGCUUGGAGCGCAUCAUGGAGGCGGAGCCCCUGGAGAGCGGCGAGCUGCACGCCUUCACCGACACCAUGCUGCCCGGCUGCUUCCACCUGCUGGACGAGCUCCCCGACACAGUCUACCGCCUCUGUGACCUGCUCAUGACCGCCGUCAAGAGGAGCGGCCCCGAGUACAGAGACCUCAUUCUGAGACAGGUCGUCAACCAGGUGUGGGAGGCAGCCGACGUGCUGAUCAAGGCUGCAGUGCCGCUGACCACCAGUGACACCAAGACGGUUUCGGAGUGGACGCGCCAGAUGGCCACGCUGCCCCAGGCCUCCAACCUCGCCACACGCAUCCUGCUGCUCACACUGCUCUUCGAGGAGUUGAAGUUGUCGUGUGCGUGGGUGGUGGAGAGCAGUGGGGUUCUGGCCGUGCUCAUUAAGCUGUUGGAGGUGGUGCAGCCCUGUCUGCAGGCAGCCAAGGAGCAGAAAGACAUCCAGACACCCAAGUGGAUCACCCCUGUGCUGCUGCUCAUUGACUUCUAUGAGAAGAUGGCCGUGUCAUCCAAACGAAGGGCUCAGAUGAACAAGUAUCUGCAGCCCAAUGGUAAUAACUGGCGCUGGUUUGACGACCGUUCGGGUCGCUGGUGCAGCUACAGUGCCAGCAACAACAGCACCAUCGACUCAGCAUGGCGUGCCGGGGAGACCAGCGUGCGCUUCACCGCCGGCCGACGCAGAUACACUGUGCAGUUCAACACCAUGGUGCAGGUGAACGAGGAGACGGGUAAUCGUCGUCCAGUCAUGCUGACUCUGCAGCGGGUGCCACGUGCCCCCAAGUCCUCCAAAGCUGCCAGCGCCACGGAUACGGAGCGGGAGGAGGGCGAUCGCGAUCGUGCCAAGACUGAGGACGCCCAGACUGAUGCUGAAUCCGUCUCGGCAGCCGUGGAGAUGGCCCUUCCCAAAGACGACGCGGAGCACAAGGACUCUUCCUCCUCCACCGCCACCGCCACUGCCUCUGCUGGGCCCACCUCCCAGGACACGUCAUCGUCGUCCUCUUCCUCCUCGACAUCGGACGGAGCCAUCGUGGUGCAGGGGCUGACCGAGGAGAUGACCACGGUUCUCAUCCGGGCCUGCGUCAGCAUGAUCAGCGUGCCUGUGGACCCCGACACGCUGCACGCCACGCUGCGGCUCUGCCUGCGGCUGACGCGCGCUCACCAGUACGCCAUGAUGUUCGCCGAGCUCAAGAGCACACGCAUGAUCCUGGGCCUCACGCAGAGCUCUGGCUUCAACGGCUUCACGCCGCUCGUCACACUGCUCUUCCGACACAUCAUCGAGGACCCAGCCACGCUCAGGCAUACCAUGGAGAAGGUGGUGCGUUCUGCGGUGACCAGCGGGGCAGGUAGCACCACAUCAGGUGUGGUGUCGGGCAGCCUGGGCUCUCGGGAGAUCAACUACAUCCUGCGCGUGCUGGGCCCGGCCGCCUGCCGCAACCCCGAGUGCUUCACGGACACCGCCAACAGCUGCGUCCGCAUCGCCCUGCCCGCACCCAGGGGAGCUGGCACAGCAUCAGAUGACGAGUUUGAGAAUCUGCGCAUCAAAGGCCCAAAUGCAGUGCAGCUGGUGAAGACCACUCCACUGAAGCUCUCCCCCUUACCCUUCAUCCCCGACACCAUCAAAGAGGUCAUCUACGACAUGCUCAACGCCCUGGCUGCCUACCAUGCUCCGGAAGAGGCAGAGCGUGGUGAGGAGCGUGCGCCCCCGGUGCCGGGUGGCCAGGACCUGUGCCAGAUCCUGCAGGACGUGGGCGAUGACGUCUACCAGCAGUACCGCCUCACCAGACAGGGCAGCGACUUCGACUCGCAGUCCGCCUUCCACAUCAACACUCAGGUGUUUGCUGCAGAUGGAGCGGUGGCCGAGUCCUCCCAGUCUGGGACUCCUCAAGGGGAAGCCUCCACCCCAGAGGAGAUGCGGGAGGAGAAGAAGGACCAGGAGGGCGAGAAGGGUGCUGCGUCGGAGGAGAGCCGCGCUGCCAAGGCCAAGGCCAGCAAGCCCCUGAUGCCCACCUCCACCAUCCUGCGCCUCCUGGCCGAGCUGGUGCGCUCCUACGUGGGCAUCGCCACCCUCAUCGCCUCCUACAGCUACACCGCCGGGCAGUCAGAGCUCAUCAAGGAGGACUGCAGUGUGUUGGCCUUUGUGCUGGACCACCUGCUGCCCCACACCCAGAGCUCUGAGGACAAGGACACUCCUGCGCUGGCGCGUCUCUUCCUGGCCAGCCUGGCGGCGGCCGGCACUGGCACGGACGCCCAGGUGUCGCUGGUCAACGAGGUGAAGGCGGCGCUCAGCCGCGCACUCGCCAUGGCCGAGGGCACCGAGAAGCAUGCCCGGCUGCAGGCGGUGAUGUGUAUCAUCAGCACCAUCAUGGAGUCCUGUCCCUCCACCUCCAGCUUCUACAGCACCGCCACCAGCAAGACGCAGCACAACGGCAUGAACAACAUCAUACGCCUCUUCCUCAAGAAGGGCCUGGUCAACGACCUGGCACGCGUGCCGCACAGCCUCGACCUGUCUAGCCCCAACAUGGCCAACACGGUGAACGCAGCCCUGAAGCCUCUGGAGACCCUCUCCCGCAUCGUCAACCAGCCCAGCAGUCUGUUCGGGGGCAAGGGAGGCUCCAGCAAGAACAAGACCGAACACGACACCGUCGGCACCACCAGGGACAGCAACAGCAACACCCAGGACCAAGGUGAGGUGGGCGAGGCGGAGCCUGCGGAGAGCCGUCACCGCGGCCAGGGCGCGGACACCGACCUGAUGGACGGGGAGGCGGAGGGCGACACGGUGGUGAUCGCCGGCCAGCCCGAGGUGCUCAGCACUCAGGCCAUGCAGGUGGGAUCACCUGUCGUUCGCUGCAUGAGAGUGGAGAAUGAGUUGGUGGAUCUGAUUGAUGAGCUACUGGAAAGAGAUCCCGGCACGGUCAAUAGCACCAUAAUUGUGGGACCGAGUGGAGAGGACGAAUCGCAAGAGGACGUGCUGAUGGAUGAAGCUCCUUCCAACAUGAGUCAGGCUUCCACGCUACAAGCCAAUAGAGAGGACUCCAUGAACAUCCUGGAGCCUGAGGAUGAGGAGCAUACGCAGGAGGAAGACUCCAGCGGCAGCAACGAGGACGAAGACAGCCAAGACGAGGAAGAGGAGGAGGAGGAAGAAGAGGAAGAGGAUCAGGACGAUGAAGAAGGUGAUGAGGAUGACGAUGAUGAAGGGUCAGAGAUGGAGUUGGAUGAAGAUUUCCCUGAUAUCAACUCGGCUCCACACAUUCGCUUUGAGAGGUUUGACCGGGAUGACGACCUCAUCAUUGAGUUUGACAACAUGUUCUCCACCAAUGCCGACAUCCCCCCGUCUCCCGGCAACAUCCCCAGCUCCCACCCACUGAUGGUGCGCCAUGCCGACCACGGCUCCCUGACGCUGGGUGGAGCGGGCAGCAGCAGCCGGUUGGCGCAGGGCAUGGGCCGCAGCCAACGCACCCUUCGCCAGCUCACCGCCAACACCGGGCACACCAUCCACGUGCAUUACCCUGGCAACCGGCAACCCAACCCUCCUCUCAUCCUGCAGAGGUUGCUGGGCCCCAGUGCGGCGGCUGACAUCCUGCAGCUGUCCAACUCACUGCCUCUGCAGUCUCGCGGACGCACACGUCUCCUGGUGGGCAACGAGGACGUGCACAUCAUCGCACGCUCCGACGACGAGCUGCUGGACGACUUCUUCCACGAGCAGAGCAGCACGGGAGGACAGGCUGGCACUCUCUCCAGUAUCCCUACUGCCUUAACCCGCUGGACAGACGAGUGUAAGGUGCUGGAUGCAGAGAGCAUGCACGACUGUGUGGCGGUGGUGAAGGUGCCCAUCCUGCAGCACCUGGAGGGCCUGAGAGACGAGGAGCUGGAGGAGAGACGGGAGAAGAGGAGACGGCAGCUGGCAGAGGAGGAGGAGGCCAAGCAGAACGAGAGGAGCACCUCCGCAGCAGACGACGCCCGGGAGCAGAGCCUACAGGGGCCUGGCAGCCUGGGAACAGUCAACGGAGCCGGAGACAACACCGCAGAAGGGGAGCAGGCGCAGGGCGGGGUGUCCUCCAGUCUGGACCAACCGCGCUCUUCCGAGGGCUUCCUGACCGCGCCUCCCUCCGGCGAGGUCACGCCCACCACCCCCGCCCCUCACGAGCAGGCCCUCGUCUCCCUGGAGACAGCCAUCAGCCAGCAGGUGCACCAGCCAAUCAGGGAGCUGCUGCUGGCCGAGCCGCCGGGCGAUUCGCUGAGCGGCCUCGGGCAGCUUCCUGCCCCCGACCGGCCCGGCAGCGACGCCGAGACCACUCAGAUGGAGAUGUCCCCUGCACCCACUAUUGGUGAGGGAGGAGGAGGAGAAAGAGGAGGAGGAGCGAUGGAGGCAGUCAGGGAAGCCUCUCUCAGUCCUGACAUCGCUGAGAGUUCUGAGCCUGUGCCAGUGGGCGUGUCCCAGCUGGAAGGGUCUCCCAUGGAUACCAGUAGCCCCGCCUCCGCUACACAGGAAGAGCCGACCGCCAGCUCGGCCCCAGCCAAUCAGAUCUCACAGGAGCUCUCUGGCAGCGGCGACAGCGGUUUGACGGACAGGCAGACGGACGCGGAGACCGGCUCCACAUCUGUUUCAUCGCCUGGGGAGACGAUGCCACGGAGUGACAGCGCCGAAAGCCAAUCCCAGGCCAUCCAGGAGGAGCCUCUUCCCUCCACUAGCAACGACGAGGACGAUCCUCUCGCUGGCAUCAGUCUGCCUGAAGGCGUGGACCCCUCAUUCCUGGCGGCGCUGCCCGAGGACAUCCGGCGGGAGGUGCUGCAGAACCAGCUGGGCAUCAGGCCACCAUCACGCGCCACCACCUCCGCCCUGCCCUCUGCUGCCAUGCCUGUGCUGGCGGGAGGAGGGGCGGGGGUCACCGAGGUCAGCCCAGAGUUCCUGGCCGCCCUGCCACCCGCCAUUCAGGAAGAGGUGUUGGCUCAGCAGCGUGCAGAGCAGCAGCGUCGGGAGCUGUCCCAGCAGCCCCCUCAGGGCGACCAGCCCCUGGACCCGGUGACCUUCAUCCAGACGCUGCCGUCCGAGCUGCGCCGCAGCGUGCUGGAGGAUAUGGAGGACAGCGUGCUGGCAGUCAUGCCACCGGACAUCGCCGCCGAGGCUGCCGCGCUACGCCGAGAACAGGAGGCUCGUCAGCGACAGCUCAUGCAUGAGCGCCUCUUCGGGCACAGCUCGUCAUCUGCGCUCUCCGCCAUCCUCCGGUCGCCAGCAUUCACUAGUCGCCUGGGCGGCAACCGCGGCGGACAGUACACACGCCUCGCAGUGCAGCGUGGGGGGACCUUCCAGAUGGGAGGCGGCGCCAACCACAGUCGUUCCAACGUGGACUCCCUGCUGCGUCUGCGCGGCCGCCUGCUGCUGGACCACGAGGCGCUCUCCUGCCUGCUGGUCCUCCUCUUCGUGGACGAGCCCAAGCUCAACACCAGCCGUCUGCACCGCGUGCUCCGCAACCUGUGCUACCACUCGCAGACGCGCGGCUGGGUCAUCCGCAGCCUGCUGUCCAUCCUGCAGCGCAGCAGCGAGAGCGAGCUCUGCCUGGACUCGGCCACCGCAGCAUCCCUCGCCGCGGCGACGGCAGCAUCCGGCUCCUCGCGCCUCGAUGACGCAUCCGGCCGCGGCAGCAAGCGUGCGCUGGGACAGGGAGGGAGCAGUAAAGGAGGCUCUUCGUCAUCCUCCUCUUCGGCCCAGGCCUCCUCCAUGGCCUCCUCAUCUUCCUCUUCCUCCUCUUCCUCCUCCCUCUCGCCGUCGUCUCUGGAGCUCCUGAACCGCGUGGAGUCGCGCAGCUCCAGCCAGCUCUCCUGGCUCUCCGUGUCCAUGGACGCUGCGCUGGGGUGCCGCACCAACAUCUUCCAGAUCCAGCGGGCCUCGGGCCGCAAGCACGCCGACCGACACCCCCAGGGCAGCAGUAGUAAUAGUGGAGGAGGAGGGGGGAUGAGCGCGGGUCUGUCCGGCGGAGGAGGGGGCGUCGGGGGAGGGGCAGGCGUGUCCUGCUCGGCCGGUGGAGGAUCCACUGUGCACAUACACCCCCAGGCUGCUCCCGUCGUCUGCAGACACGUGCUGGACACACUUAUCCAACUCGCUAAGGUGUUCCCCAGCCACUUCACCCAGCAGCGCUGCAAAGACCUCCUGGCUGCUGCCGCCGCUUCCGAGCUAGACUCCCGCCUCUGCGGAACCCCCAGCAGCAGUAGCUCCGCCCCCGGCUGCCGUUCCUUAGGCAACGCAGCAGCGGCGGCGGCGUCCUGCAUGCCGUCCUCGGGUGCCUCCUCGCACGGCACUUUGGGUAGCGGCUCCUCGGCCGCCGGCGCCACCUCCUGCUCGGCCGCAGGCAACACGGCCCAGUCCCUGGGCAUCUCCACCGACUUCUGGGACCUACUGGUGAAGCUGGACAACAUGAACGUGAGCCGCAAGGGCAAGGCGUCCAUGAAGACGGUGCCCCUGGGCGGGGGCGGCGAGACAGACGGGGCGGGGCUGAGCCUGGAGGCGUCGCCGCUGGGCCAGCUGAUGAACAUGCUGUCGCACCCCGUCAUCCGCCGCAGCUCGCUGCUCACCGAGAAGCUGCUGCGCCUGCUCUCGCUCAUCUCCAUCGCGCUGCCCGACAACAAGGCCACCGAGGUGCCCGUGUGGCACUCCACGCCGCAGCCCCACGCCGUGACCACCGGCGCCACGUCGUCGUCCUCUUCCUCCUCGGUGACCACCAGCGCCCUGGCAACGGGCGCCAGUAGUUCCAUGUCCUCGUCUGUUGCCAGUGCGGCCGCCGCGGCUAGUGCCAUCGCUGCGGCCGCCGCCGCUGCCGCUUCGGCGGGGGCAUCUUCUGUUGCCGUGCCUACGCCCGCCGCUGUGCCAGGAGGGGUGACGUCGAUGUCGACGGGGACGGGAGGGGCAGCCGCGUUGUCCGCUCUGCCACCUCCCGCCAGCAGCAUCGCAGCUGCAGCUAACGCCAGUAGCAGUACUACUGUGGCCAUAAUGGCUUCAGGAGCAAGGCAGAAAACGUCAUUAGCGGCGGCGGCUUCGGCGUCUGCAGCCUCGGGCAGUGCGGAUGCGGACUCCAAGCUGGCCUCCACCGGCCUCACCGAGAAACAGCUACAGCUGUCUGUGGAGGUCUUGACGUCCCACUCGUGUUCUGAGGAGGGUCUGGAGGACGCGGCCAACAUCCUGCUGCAGCUCUCCCGCGGCGACGGCCACACACGCGACACCGUCCUCCGCCUGCUGCUCAGCGGCGGUCGCCACCUGGGAUACACUCUCUGCAAACAGAUCGGCACUUUACUGGCAGAGUUGAGGGAGUAUAAUCUGGAGCAGCAGAGGAGGGCGCGGGCUGAUGCCCAGUCCCCCGAGGCGGCACACGAGGACCCCUCCCUCACUGCGCGCCUCAAGGGCAAGAUGACCAGCAGGAUAUCCUCCUCUCCCUCUGCCAGGUUUGACGGCUCUGAGAGUGUGGUGAUCGUGGCGGCUGGGAAGCGCACCCUGGGCGGCCGGGAACUGCAGCUGCCCUGCAUGAGCUCGCUGACCUCCAAGACGUCCACCCAGAAGUUCUUCCUGCGCGUGCUGCAGGUCAUCAUCCAGCUGCGGGAGGACACGCGCCGCGCCAACAAGAAGUCCAAACAGGGAACGCAACUGGGUUCGACCAGCCUGGGUUCGGCUAGCAGCAUCCAGGCGGCCGUGCGUCAGCUGGAGGCCGAGGCGGACGCCAUCAUCCAGAUGGUGAGAGAGGGCCAGCGGGCUCGCCGCCUCCAGCAGGCGCCUCCUCCCACCACCUCCUCGGCCACCUCCUCCACCACCACCUCCUCCUCAGCUGCUGCUACUGCUGCUGCCGCCGCCGCUGCUGCUGCUGCUGCCGUGUCGGCCGCCGUGGCUGCUACGUCAUCCUCGGCCUCCGCCGGACCCUCGGCCCCGCCUGCACCUGCACCCGCUGCUGCUGUCGCUCCCGGCAACCCUGCUGCCGUGGCCGCCAACGCCACCCCGUCGGCCCCUGCCGGCCCCAGCGCCCCCCCUCCCAGCACUGCCACGUCUGAGGUGCACUCGGCCUCUGAGCCCCCGUCUGCCCAGAGGGACGACUCCCCCAUGGACGUGGACCAGCCCUCGCCCCAGGACCAGGACGGAACCGCCCUGGGAGAGGAGGCUAGCAGCCAGGCAGAGCAGGAGGAGCGGUUGCCGGAGCUGCCUCUGCUGAGCGAGCAGCUGCUAUUGGACGAGCUGUGGGACAUGCUGGGGGAGUGCCUCAAGGAGCUGGAGGAGUCCCACGACCAGCAUGCAGUACUGGUGUUGCAGCCGGCGGUGGAGGCCUUCUUCCUGGUGCACGCCACGGAGCGCGAGAGCAAGCCACCGGUGCGGGACACGCGGGAGAGCCAGCUGUCACACAUCAAGGACGAGCCGCCGCCCCUGUCGCCCGCACCCCUCACCCCCGCCACGCCCUCUUCCCUCGACCCCUUCUUUUCCCGAGAGCCCUCCUCCAUGCACAUAUCCUCCAACCUGCCCCCCGACACACAGAAGUUCCUGCGCUUUGCCGAGACCCACCGUACAGUGCUUAACCAGAUCCUGCGCCAAUCCACCACCCACCUGGCCGAUGGCCCCUUCGCCGUGCUGGUGGACUACAUCCGCAUCCUCGACUUUGAUGUCAAACGCAAGUAUUUCCGCCAGGAGCUGGAGCGCCUGGACGAGGGCCUGAGGAAGGAGGACAUGGCGGUGCACGUGAGGAGGGACCACGUCUUCGAGGACUCCUACAGGGAACUGCACCGCAAGAGCCCAGAGGACAUGAAGAACAGACUCUACAUCGUGUUUGAGGGCGAGGAGGGUCAGGAUGCGGGCGGGCUGCUGCGUGAGUGGUACAUGAUCAUCUCCCGGGAGAUGUUCAACCCCAUGUACGCGCUGUUCCGCACCUCCCCCGGCGACCGCGUCACCUACACCAUCAACCCCUCGUCCCACUGCAACCCCAACCACCUCAGCUACUUCAAGUUUGUGGGCCGCGUGGUGGCCAAGGCCGUCUACGACAACCGCCUGCUCGAGUGCUACUUCACGCGCAGCUUCUACAAGCACAUCCUGGGCAAGAGCGUCAGGUAUACGGACAUGGAGAGCGAGGACUAUCCCUUCUUCCAGGGCCUGGUCUACCUGCUGGAGAACGACGUCUCCACACUGGGCUACGAGCUGACAUUCAGCACAGAGGUGCAGGAGUUUGGGGUGUGUGAGGUGAGAGACCUGAAGCCUAACGGAGCCAACAUUAUCGUCACAGAGGAGAACAAGAAGGAGUAUGUGCACCUGGUGUGUCAGAUGAAGAUGACCGGAGCCAUUCGUAAGCAGCUGGCAGCCUUCCUGGAGGGCUUCUAUGAGAUCAUUCCCAAGCGGCUCAUCUCCAUCUUCACGGAGCAAGAGCUGGAGCUCCUCAUCUCCGGCCUGCCCACCAUCGACAUCGACGACCUCAAGGCCAACACAGAGUACCACAAAUACCAGGCCAGCUCAAUACAGAUCCAGUGGUUCUGGCGUGCGCUGCGCUCCUUCGACCAAGCGGACCGGGCCAAAUUCCUUCAGUUUGUGACAGGCACGUCCAAGGUGCCACUGCAGGGCUUCGCCGCGCUGGAGGGCAUGAACGGCAUCCAGAAGUUCCAGAUCCACCGAGACGACCGCUCCACCGACCGCCUGCCCUCCGCACACACUUGCUUUAAUCAGCUGGACCUGCCAGCGUACGAGAGCUACGAGAAGCUGAGACACAUGCUGCUGUUGGCCAUUCAGGAAUGCUCAGAGGGCUUUGGACUGGCCUAGAGGACUUUCCUUAUAACACACACAUACACACACACAUGCGUGCGUACACACACACAAACAAACACACACACACAAUCACAUCUCUACUGACACACCGGUUUAGCCUCUCUCAUAUUGUUAACUUAUGACACAAGACCACAGACGCAUAUUCACACACUAUCGUAGACAUGGCCAAGCUCUCCUGUUUUGUUUUUUUUGUUUCUAAUACGUAUAAACCUGAUGGCAUUGGAGAGAUGAUGAUGAUGCAAACGUGAUGCACGCGCGACAAGAGAGAUCGGGCGGGCAAACUGGCGAGCAAGCAAAGAGUGACUUAUUGACAUUUGCCUAUUACACACACAGCGCCUCACACGGACACACGGAACUGUAUUUGGUAUGUUUGUGUGUCUCCCUCCCUCUCCCUAUUAAAUUGCAAAACCUGAGACCUGAGAUGCGGAGGAUGAUAAUACUUUGGACUAAUAUGCGGAGAAGAAGAUGAUGAUGAAGAAAACAAAUGAAAAAAAGCAAACGAAAAAAAAAAGAUGUUUCUCCAUUUAGUUUUUCUCUGUACAAAAGGUUUGGGAGUUUAUUAUGUUUAAUCUUUUUUUUCUCCUUUUUGGCUGUGUAAAAAAAAAAAAAAAGAUAAAAAGACAAAAAGAAAGGUUGUGUGUGUGCAAGGAUGGAUAUAAAACACUUGGGGGAAAACC